AUUGCUAAUCGUAUUCAGCAUGUUUUGCACAAGAAAUGUCAGCCAGAAAGGGCUAUCUGCUCCCUUCGCCAAAUUAUCCCACAACAAUGUCAUGCUCGGAGAGCCCCGCCGCGAACUCUUUUUUGGUCGACUCGCUCAUCAGCUCCGGCAGAGGCGAGGCUGGCGGUGGUGGCAGCGGCGCUGGGGGCGGCGGCGGCGGCGGCGGCUACUACGCCCACGGCGGGGUCUACCUGCCGUCCGCCGCCGACCUGCCCUAUGGGCUGCAGAGCUGCGGGAUCUUCCCGGCUCUGGGAGGCAAGCGCAAUGAGGCGGCGUCGCCGGGCGGCGGUGGUGGCAGCGGGGGCCUGGGUCCCGGGGCGCACGGCUAUGCGCCGGCGCCUAUAGACCUGUGGCUGGAAGCGCCCAGGUCGUGCCGUAUGGAGCAGCCCGAAGGGCCGCCGCCGCAGCAGCAGCCCCAGCCGCCGCCCCCACCGCAACCACCCCAGCCCCCGCCGCAGGCCACCUCGUGCUCUUUCGCGCAGAACAUCAAAGAGGAGAGCUCCUACUGCCUCUACGACUCGGCUGACAAAUGCCCCAAAGGCUCGUCUGCCGCUGCAGAGCUGGCCCACUUCCCGCGGGGCCCGCCGCCCGACGGCUGCACCCUGGGUACCUCCAGCGGGGUGCCAGUGCCCGGCUACUUCCGCCUCUCUCAGGCCUAUGGCACCGCCAAGGGCUACGGCGGCGGCGGUGGCGGCGCGCCGCAGCUCGGCGCCGGCCCGUUCCCCGCUCAGCCCCCGGGGCGCGGCUUCGACCCGCCACCCGCGCUCGCCUCCAGUUCGGUGGAUGCAGCCCGGAAGGAGCGAGCCCUCGAUUCGCCGCCGCCCCCCACGCUGGCUUGCGGUGGCGGCGGCGGCGGGGGCUCGCAGGGCGACGAGGAGGCGCACGCGUCAUCCUCGGCCGCGGAGGAGCUCUCCCCGGCCCCUUCCGAGAGCAGCAAAGCCUCGCCCGAGAAGGACUCCCUGGGCACUUCCAAAGGCGAAAACGCAGCCAACUGGCUCACUGCAAAGAGCGGCCGGAAGAAGCGCUGCCCCUACACCAAGCACCAGACGCUGGAGCUGGAGAAGGAGUUUCUGUUCAACAUGUACCUUACUCGAGAGCGGCGCCUAGAGAUCAGCCGCAGCGUCCACCUCACGGACAGACAAGUUAAAAUCUGGUUUCAGAACCGCAGGAUGAAACUGAAGAAAAUGAACCGAGAAAACCGGAUCCGGGAGCUCACAGCCAACUUUAAUUUUUCCUGAUGAAGCUCCAGGCAAUGUGGUUCUUUUCGCGUCCAGAGACCCGUUCUCCUCCCUCUUGUCUUCGGCUCUGCCCAGGAACUCGCACCUGUGCCGGAGCCCCCCAUUCUUCCCUCCCACACUCGCCAUCUCGCUGGCCGUUACAUCUGUGCAGGGCUGGUUUGUUCUGACUUUUUGUUUCUUUGUCUGUUUGCUUGGUGCUGGUUUAUUUGUUGUUUUCUGGGGGAAAAAGCCAUAUCGCGCUAAAAUUCUAUAGAGAGAUGCUGUCUUAAGUGUCAAGUGGUGACGGGGAUGGUGUGCUGUCUCGGGGUUCCACUGCUUGAAAUGGCCUCUGUCCUCCGCGUGCAGCUGGUUUCCUGCGGGGCCAGCGACCUAGCCGGAAGGCGGAGGUCCCAUUGUAGGCAGCUGAGGUGUCUGGCCUGAGGUCAAUGGUGCAAGGAGCCGCCACCGGGCUUGCCUGCCUGGAGUGCAGGGCUGUGUUUAAUCAGGGGGCACAGGCCCUUGGCUUUCUUUUCUCUUUUUUUCCUUGGCAAAGAGAAGGGCUUGCAGAAAAAUGUACAUGCAGGUUGGCAAAAGGGUUUGACUUUGGCUGAUUGGUAAAAUUGAGAAAGUCAGAAAGAUUCAUUUCUUCCUUCCCCUGUAAGAUAGCUCAGCUUUAAAAUAAGAAGAAAUGACCAGGAGAAGGAAAUGUCUCUUCCAGUUUGUGUAAGGUCUUGCAUUGAGGGACUAAAUUAUUUCAGUUACUUUGAAUUUCCAUGUCCUUCUGGCUGUAGAUAAAUAAUAGAAUGUAGUUUUGUUUAUACAUGCAGAUUUAGUGCAUUUUUUGUCAUUAAAUAAUUGUUACCACUGGUAACAUAAGACAAGCACACCACGAUUCUCCCUCCUCUGCAGAGGUUUCCCGCGCCCCGUUCCCCCACUUUUCUUUCCAAAAUCCACAGAAGCCGAGGAGGGCUGGAGCAAGCGGAAUAGACUAGAGAAGGGAGACAUUGCUGGGUUUCCUUUAUACUGUGAAGUUACAUGCAUAAAAGGGUCAAACCUGUAGGUGCAGAAAAAGAAAAAACUAUAAAAUACAAAUCUGUAUAAAUGUCUAUUAUGAAAAAUUGCCAAUCUUGUUUUAUGCAAAUGCAUUCUAUCAUUAUUAUAAAUGUUAGUUCUAGCUCUAUUUACUUCUAAUCUUAAAUCAGAAUAAAUUAAUAUUGUAAUGCUGCUGUGCGUGGAAAAAAAGAUGAUGUUUAUGUUCUUAUAGAAGAAUAAAAGCUGUGGAAUGAAGCUUUUUAAUUUUA